AUGAGCGCCCCGCUGCUCCUGCGCUCCCUCCGCCUCCCUCGCCUCCUCCUUCUCCUCCUCCCUCGCCUCCUCCUUCUCCUCCUCCCUCGCCUCCUCCUUCUCCUUCCUCUGCUCCUUUUCAUCCUCCUCCAUCUUCCUCUCCUCAGACCUCCUCUUCUACCCUUUUCCUUCCCCCUCACUGCUGCUCUCUCCCUCUUUUCUCGCUCGUCAUGUUCAGCCUCCCCCCUCCGUCUCCAUCUACCCCUCGCGCUCCGUCUCUGUCUCGGCCUCUGUCUCUUGGCCGCAUCUUCAACUGUCGAUGCUCAGGCGCUGAAUCAGACGGUCACCGGGCAGCAGGAUCGCAUGCUACUUGUCGCUCUUGACUCGAGUCCAUCAUGGUCGUCCUGGACCAUACUGAGUCUGCCACUGCAUGGAGAGCUCUUCGUGCCUGUGAAAGGGACGGGAACUUACGAGGGGAACCUGACGCUGGGACCUAAGGUUCAGUCGCCAGGGACACUUCUGCCGUCCAACCUCGUUUUCUUCCUUCCCUUCCCCAGCGAAUUCUCCUGCUCGAUCUGCGACCCGACAGGCGUUGUGUGUACCAUCUGUGUCCCCUAUGCGAACUUCGCGUUUCAAGUGCUGGAUGGGUCAGGGUCACCUCGACGGGGGGAGGUCAACAUCAUAGUGAAACAGAACAGCGACCUGCCGUUUGCUGGAGGGGCUGGUGGGGGCAUCUACUUCGAUGGCUACGACGACUUUGCGUACGUGAGCUUGGAUCCCCUUCCUACAAGCAGCCUUACAAUCACCAUGUGGCUCAAGAGCAUGCGGAGGAGGCGACUGCAGACAGUCUUCGGCCUCUUCUCCAGCAGAGGGCGAGAGCUGGAGGUGAACGACGUGACGGACCUGCGCGUGUACCGCAGGAACGAAGUGAGCGCCUCCCGCCUCAUCGACAUCAGCGACGGCCAAUGGCACCACCUGGCCCUCAGCUGGACCGCCAGCUCCGGUCAACUUGACCUCUACGUCGACGGCGUGCUGCGAUUGACAGACCAGCUCGCAGCAGGGGAAGAGCUGCUAGGCACGGGGGAGCUCUUCCUGGGUCAGCGGCCGAUCUGCGGCUCGCAGGACAAGCGGUCGGUCUUGUCCUCGGAGCGGCUGAGCGUCCUCUCUCAAACCGCCUCCAUCCGGCAGCCAGACGGCAGGGUCACCACGAGCUGCGCGUCAGACGAGCCCGCACCAGGGUGCGACUACUUCCUCCCCCAGCAGCUCCUGGAGACAGUGGUCGCCACUCAGGACGCCAACGACAUCCUGCGGCGCAGCAGCGUCCCCUCUGCUCCCUCAGUCGAUCCUGGGGCCUGGAAGUGCGCGUACACGGACCACGUCUGUGUCCACGGCAGCCCAACGGUGAUGGAUGCUUUCGCAUGCACGUGCGCACCGGGGUGCAUGGAGCCUCGCUUCGCGUUCGCUGGCUUCCUCGACGAGAUCAGGAUGUACUCGCACGCCAAGACGGAGAAGAUGCUCUCCCUGGACAUGUGGUUCGUGAUCGGAGCCAAGAAGGACGGGCUCUCUCUCGGCAGGUCCCCAAUCCACUGGGAGGGCCUCUUCCUCUACAUGAACUUCGACUCCAACGGGAAGGCGAUGGACGGAGGGCUGGCAACGGAGCCCAACGUGAUCACCGACUACUCAGCAACGUUGAGCUUAGGAGGAGACUUAGUGAUCAGCCGCCCUCAGCGCAUGGGCUCGACAGCUCCUAUCUUCGGCUCCUACCUCCCUCUCUCCAUCCCUAUGAACGGAGUCUCCAUGAAUCUACUCAAGAUUCCCAUCUACGGUGCUGACGUCAGCAUCAGCGUGGUUCGCUGCCGCAUCAAGGACCCCAUCCCUGUCUUCGGCAAGCUCUACACCGCUGAGUACGACCCCCGGGUCGGCUUUGGCUCGGGCAUUCCCAUCGUCCUCGGCAACACUAUCCUUCAGCUGUUCUCCAACGUGGAGAGCAAGCACGGGUACGAGACCUGCGGGCCCUCCGGCUGCACUCGGGACGGCUACUACCUCUUCUACACCGGAGAUCGGACUGCGUCUGCUCGCAUAGACGAGCUGGCGGUUGAAAUCUCGAGCUCUCCGUUCCUGGACGACAAGGGAAACCCGAUCCCCGUCAUCUCCGCCCUCAGCAGCCUCCUCCUCUUCUCUCGCCAGCUGCCGUACCCCGUGACCUGGAGCGAGGAGGUAGUGGAGAAUCAGGCGAGGGUCGCAUACCUGCCCUACAUCACCGUCACGGACGAGUCGCUGGAGGCUUUCGUUGCCUCCCUUCCUGCAAAGGGAGAGCUCUUUCACCUCAUCGAGAUCAAGUGCGACGAUGUCGAUGGCUUCACUCAGCCCGGCUCCUGCUCGGACAUUCAGGCUGUCAACCUUCUCUGUGGGUCGGAGCAGGCCUACUCGGAUCUUGUCAUCCGCAACUCGCGCGGCGACGCUUCCUGGAGCAUCGUGACCAUAGAGGACGAGCUCUUCGCCGCCAACUGCACUGACUUGACCCAAGUCAACGGCAGACGAGUGGUGAGAGGAGUCAACGACUCUGCCAUGAUCUGCAAGACUUUCAUCAACGAGACAACCCGCUGCCUUGUCUCCCCCAUGACCACCUGCAGCUGCGUCUACCCCUCCGGCUUCACCUGCUUCCUCAGCAUCUACGCUAACUACCUCCUGCCCCUCUCCUCCUACUCGCUCAUGCCCAAGCGCUCGUACGUGACCCUCGCAACUCUCUUCGAGAGGACAAAGCUCCUCAAGUGGAUGCUCACCAUCGGCUGCCCUGUCGGUAUGACCCUCCGCCUUCUUCCUCCUCCGCUGUUUCUCAUCAAAAGAGCAGGUGAAGAAGCAAUGGAGAUUGCUGCAGCGCUGGGCAAUUUGAAUCUCCUGCAGCUUCUUCUUCAGUUCGGAUCCUCUCCAACCCAACGAGCGAUUUCAGCAGCUUGGAAGCGAAUGCGCGUCGAUGUGGCACACUACCUCGAGGAACUUUCCAGAGCUAUCUCCUCCUCCUCCUCCUUUGGUCAGAACCAGUCUCGGUGUUUUGUGAAGGGCCCCAUGUUCGACCUGCAGGUCUCGUCGAUCCCCAGCAAGGUUGCCGAUGUUGAGCUUCGCCUCCUCUAUGUACCCGAGCCCUUCGACAUCUCCCCUGCUCUCACCGCCAACUUCCGCCUCACCCGCCCCGGCUCCUUCCAGCUCACCGACUCCUUCCUCUCCUCCGCUACCUUCCGGAUCCUGCCGCAGAGGAACUAUCCCAUGAGCAGCGGGGUGACUGCAAAUCUCUCCUCCUCCGAGACCCUCCAGGUCCUCCAGCUCUCGCUGAUAAAGGUGGAGGAGGGCGAGACCAGGGCUCGUGUCCUCUCCUUCCCUCAGCACGGCGAUCUCUACAACCUCCUCCCCGUCUAUGGGGCCGACGGCAACAUCAGCGGCUCCUUCCUUGGCCCCCGCGUUGUUGCAGCCGAGCAGCAGCAGGAGCAGCUUCCUGUGAGCGUGCUCAACCUGACCAACGGAACCUUGACGGAGAGGAGGGGCGAGGGGUGGACUGGGCGCCUUUUCUACCCUCCCAUCCCCAGCUGCCGCUGCCGGCACAAGGUCGUCGGUGUGCAGCUUGUCAACGGGCAGGAGCGUCCGCAGGUCAGGACGGAGUCUCAGUGUGAGGAAGCAGAGGCGUUCUCGUCCAUGUGCGGCGACCGCGGGACCGACGCUGCCAUGUUCCGUUACGAGCAGAAAGUCUUCCCGGAGGAGCUAUCAAUCCAGUCUUGGAUGCCUGACUCCACCUUCCUCCGCGUCCUCGCCCUCCAUCCCCCCUGGGAAGAGGUGAAGUACUCCCUCCUCCGUUCCCAGAGUUCGCUCCUGUCCAAUGAGUUCGAGGCGGCGGGAGGCGGCGGGGAGGCGAGGAGGGAGGAAGCGACGGUCACAAAGGAGAGGGAGGAGUCUUGGCUCCUUCAAGGCUGCUCGAAUCAAUGGGAGGAGCUGUGGAGGGGAUAUGCCAUAGACGUGCGUGCGAGCCCUGGGGCUGCGACACUCGACCCUCCGCUGCCUCCUCCCUCCUUCCCCACGGACUCGAUCCUCAUCCAAGUCUGCGGCCUUCAGCAUCGAGGCAUCGGCAUGGCGGACGGAGGGAACGUGCUGGAGGGACUGCGGGUCGUGAGGCUCAAGGGAACAGCUGGGGAUCUGCCGGAGGGGAUGGUGACUCACCCGCUACAGCUGGUGGGGUACAGGAGGAGGAACGACGGGAAGGAGGACGGGCAGGACGAGUUCACCUUCUCUGCCUACGACUCCAAGAGGCUGGCCUCCUCCUCCAACGUCAGCCUCUCCCUCCCCGUGGCGCAGGCGGACGGCGGCAAGAUACAGCAGGAGGUGUUGGUGCGUGGCUCAGUCCCUGCCAGGGUUCCGGUCAGAGUUCUGGACCAGAGUCUCUUCCCGCUCAGCUUGCAGCUCGUCGUCCUCACCACCAGGCCCACAAGGGGUACAUUACAGGCAAUGGAGGGGUACCGCUUCCUCCCGCUGCAGAGGGUCACCUGCGGCUCCUCCUCGCUCUUGGGGGAGGUUUACGAGAGCUCCACACAGACAGCUUCUCCUCCUCUUCCAGCGUUUCUCUACUCAGCGCCCAGCGAGGCGGGAGGAAAGGACUUUGACAGGUUCGAGUAUAUCGUCUGCCCCAGCAGCCGCUCCUCGCCUCUCCUCUUCGUCUCUCCUCCCCGCCGAACCGUCCGCAUCUCCGUCCUAUGUGACGCAAACAAGUUCUGGGCUGCAUCCAGUUGUAAAAUUUGCCCACCUGGCUCGUCGAAGCCAGCAGAUCAGCUCAUCCCUCAGCUGGGGCUGUACAGCCUCACCUGGCACCUCAAUUGCUCCUCCUGCCCUGCUGGAACUUUCCGCGACUCGCUCACGAGCUCCUGCCAGCCCUGCCCUCCCGGCUCUUUCGCCUUUCUCCCCGGCUCCUCCUCCUGUUCCCCCUGCCCCCCCGGCACCUUCAACCCCCAGCAAGGGUCCACGACCUGCUCCUCCUGCCCUCCAGGCACCUACGGGGGUCAGCCAGGCCUGCUGGAGUGCAGGGACUGCGGUGCCUUCUCGUUCGGCCCUGUCAGUGGUUUGACCAGCUGCUUGAAAUGUCCCGAGCUGACCGUCACGAACAACAUGAGGGCAACCAAGAAGUCUCAGUGCGAAUGUCAGGGGGAUGCCUACCACAAGCAGGGCAGGGUCGGGGAGGCCUGCUGGAGUUGCCCAGCUGGGAUGUACUGCUCCGGCUCGACGCUUCCUCCUGUGGUCAGGACGGGCUGGUGGAGCAGCUCGGAGAUCUACCCUGAUCCUCUCACGGUCUUCGCGUCUCCUUGUAACUUCAGGAGCGUUCGUGGGGUCUGCCGCGGGUACCCCGAGGUUGACAACCAGAGCUCCCUCCAGCAGUGCCUGUUCCACCCCUUUCCCAGCUACUGCCCAGCUGGUUUGUGGCCCAACAUAUCGGGGCUGCCGGGUGAUGGACUGGGAGGAAACUAUGACUUCUACUACGGAUCGACGAGACUUGACGAAGAGAGAAGGACUGGAGUGAAUCAGAGCUCACUACUAGGAAAGCUUGCGAACAAGUCACGUCUGUACCUCGAUGCGGCUCACUGUGCCGUGGGAUACACGGGAAGAUAUCUCAUCUGGUUUUCCGUCGUUGUCUUCAUCUUCAUCUUGUUGGCCAACGUUGCGAUCAGCGACAGUCACCUUGGAAGGAUCGUCUUGUCACUUGGGCAGGCAAUUCAGAUGUCUUUCUUUCUAGAGCUUCACCUGCUCUCGCUGCUUCAGAUCUCCUGGCCCCCGCACCUCAAAUUGUUUCUCAGCUUCUUCAGCUUCUUCAACUUCAAGUGA